AAGAACAGCUGAUAUGUGCGCGCCUGAUAAGCCUGAUAACCCAAUUUUCAAGUGUACCCAAGUCGUAGGAAGCUCGUUCGUCUUUGUUCUGUUGGGGAACAUGGGAAAUGCCGAGUCCACACAGUCUGCGGAAGAUACGCAGAUGCAGCUGCAGCAGUCCACUGAUGACGAGCCCUGGUGGAACAACAUCGAGCACGAGGAUUUGAUUCUGGAACAGGCCCCCCGAGCUACAGCCCAAAAAGAAGCUGAGGAGGUGCCUCCCGAUAAUAGAAGGAAAAAUCGUGAAAGCCAAGUCGCAAUUGAAAUGGAGGACAAACGAGAUGGGUCUCCUCAAAAAGAACAGACGCUCGAGGAGUUCAGAGAAGAGCUUCGUCAGAAAAAAGAGGCUCGCCAAAAUGCUGUGCAGGGCCUGAGGGAUGAGAUUGCUAGUCUCAAGGAGCAAUUGGCCAAAGAAAAGUCUGAAACUUUACGUCUUAGAAAAGAUUUGGUUGGAGAGGGUCAGGCCGAUACUCAGCGCGACGACUCGGAUACCCCCAGUAAACCUGAUUCAGAUCCAGAUGAUGAGAAUCCCAGUUCCAGGAGUCGCCAUGCCAAUAUCGAACUGGCCAAUGCCCAGCUGGCCUUGCAGCAAGCCCAGGCCGAGAAUUUGUCACUGCGUGGCGAAGUGGAAGUGGUUCACCGGCAGGUAGGAACCCUGAAAGAGGUCAUCUCCUGCUGCAAACAGAUGCUGAGUGUCAAGGAGGAGCAGUGUGCUCAGCUCAAAAUGAAGCUGACGGAAAUCGAAAACUCGUUUAGUGAGCGCGAAAUGAAGAUUAUGUCGAAUAAUCUUCGCCAGGAGUACGAGCGCCAACUGGUGAAUAUCCGCCAGUUAAGGCAACUUUAUGAAGAGCGACAGAGGGUGGCUGCUGCGGAGUACGAGAAUCUCCAGCGCCUAAUCUCGAUCAAGAAAGAUGAACUCACUGCCGAGCAGGAGAAAAAUAAGAGCUUGGAGGACCGCAAUCACAGCCUGCUCAAAGAGGUGGAGAUGGCCAAUGAGGAGCUGGCGAAGCUCCGGGAGGAGUGCAGCGAGCACAAGUUUGAGAAGCGUCUGCUCAGUGAGCAAGUGGGUGCAGUUAACAUGCUCUUCAGCCAGCUAAUUAUGGGCUUCAAUGGCAAGAGCAGCAUGGACAUCGAUCGCGUCAAUCGAAUGCUGGAGGAGAACCGCCAUCUCCUCAACCAAAUGACCCAAGCGGAGGGAAACUGCAGCGACGGAGCCACUCUGCCCAAGUUGCUCUUCGACCUCGUGGAGCAAGCUACUGGCCAUGGGGAUUCCGCCGAGGAAUCAGAUAGAAGUCGCAGCGCCACACCCACACCCACACCCACUGCCACAACCGAAGACACCACGGACGGCUGUCAACCGGGAGGAGCAGACGAAAAAUGCCGGAAGGGUUCGGGCUCGAGCUCGGGUGUGGAUGCCACUGCGGCUUCGUUAAAAAGCCAUGAGCCCGAAAUUAUGGGAAAAGUUGCCUCGGCCCAAGAAAUUAUUGGCAACUUGCCAAAAGUUUGGAAAGUGUUGAUGGAGCUCUUGAGCCACCACAAAAUCGAGCGCGUGCAGUUGGAGGAGCUGCCAUCCUCUAGUGCCGCCAUUCCGUCCUCAUCCGCAUCCAACGCUUCUGGCAAGGACGAAGGCGAGUCCCACCGCAAGCCAGCGGAGCUUAGCGUCAGCAAAACCUACAUCAAACUAAAGGACCUUAUUCUGGAGAAGAAGUCGCUGGUGAAGGAGACAAACCGACUAAAAACCCUUAACAGCCAUCUGGACUACCGCCUCAACCAACAGGAGAAGCGGUUGAGCGGUGUGAGCUUGGAGCUAACCAAAACCUGGCACCUAGUGGGCAAGAUGCAGCGCCAGCAUCGCCAGCUCCACACACAGGAGCAGAUCCUGCGCUAUCAGUUGCAGCAGAAGAGGCGUCUCUUGAGCGAGCUCAAGGAUGAGCUGGAGUACUGCCGCCGGAAGUGGGCCUUGGCCAGGGCCAAGAACGACGAGAGCCAGGAGCAGUGUGACGAGUGGCGAAGGGAAUUCGCCAGGAGAAAAUUGGAGGAUGCAAAUCACUCGGCAGAGAGCGGUUACAGCGAUUCGGGUCCCCAAUCGGAUGAGGAGCGGGAUCUGAGUACCGUGGAUCCUGUAGAAGUCUCCACUUCCUCGGUCACUUGUCGCCGGAAGCUUCUUAGGGAUCAAUUCGAACAUACGCGUAAAAUAAAGCGGAUGCAAAGCACGUCUCCUGGGCGUCAGGGUUUCCAGGGCGAGGAAGUUGAGGCUGAUAAUAUCGUUCUUCGCUGGAACAGUGCUCCACCUACUUGCGGCUGGAGGGAAGAAGGUGCGUAUCCUUUAGGCGAGGAAGGAGCAGAAGUUGGGGAGCAUGAGCCUGAGGAGGAAGGAGCCCAUGGUGUCCUUCCCAAGUCGCUACACAGCUCCAGAAGCAGGCAAAGAAGUGUGGGAGGAUCAAGUGAAACGGCAGGCACAGCCAGUCGCAUCCAGAAGCUUGAGGAGCAGUGUAAAAACCUUAUUCAGCAAGUCUUAGAAACCUCUGGAAAUCGGGAGCGCCUUGAGAUUCAGUUGUGCCAGUUCCAGGAUGACAUUGCUCCCGCCCAGCAUGCCGUGCCUCUGGAGGAGUUCAUUAACAGGAAGCGCAUAGAGCGAAUGACCAGGGCCAGUUCAGCACCGGCCACCGGAAGCCUUACACCGCGGGAGGAGGAGUACACAAGGAAACGAUCGGAGCGGUUGGGGCGCCUGGAGGAGGAGUCGCGCCAACUGAUGUCAAGGAUUAGGCGCACUGCAGAUCGAGGCCACUACCUUAAAAAAUCUCUGGACAGGAUUAGAAGAGCACCAAGCAGAGAGCCGAGCUUCGAAAGCAACACAGAGGAGGAAGCAAUGCCGGCACCCAAAAGUGAAUCCCCUCCAGCUACAUCUCCUCUCACCGCUGAGGAAGAGGAGUACACAUCCAGAAGGGCAGCGAGGAUUCAGCGUAUGGAGCAUGAAAGUCGUCAGCUAAUAUCACAGCUCUCUAGAAAUGCUGAGCGCGGUGAAAACUUAGCUACCAAGUUGGAUACGCUGCAUGAACAGUACGGCCCAAAUCCUCAGCGGGAUCAGGCUCAAAGCUCUGUUAGCGUGUCGCACACUUUAGAGCAACGAUUGGAGGACAUUGAAAGGGUAUCGGCUAAUAGGGCCGAACGUCUCCGUCUUCUGGAGCUCCAAGGAAACGAACUGAUUGCCCGUUUGAGCUCUACAUCCGAAAGGGGCACAGCCAUGAUCAACAGGAUUGCGGAAAGAGAAGCUACUCGGCGUCAGGAAGCAGAACUGCUGGAACAAACUGUGCCGUCCGAAGAAGCCACCAGCUCCAAAGCCAGCACUAGGAUUGUCGGCCAUUCCGAGGAGGAAGGCGAGGGAGCAGCUUGUUCCGUAACAGUCACCACCACUGCUAGUCAGUUAGCACUAAAACUACAAUCCACGGGAGCCAUUCCCAAGACCACGGCGAUGAGGAGCAGGCCACAAUCCCAGUUGUGUGCUGCCACUCGCCAGGAUGAUGCGGCCAAGAAGCGAUCUUCUGGAAGGGAAGCUGUCCAGAAGGAAGCCCCCGAAACCCUUGAGGAUAUGGUGCAGAGACUAAGGGCACUGCCGUUUCCAGGAAAAGCUCUGGAAGCUGAGUCAGUGGAGUCUGAAAACAAGAGUACAGAAACUUCCAAUCAGACCUCAAAUUCUUCUACCGAAUACCAAAAUCAGGAUGAUAUAUUGGACAUAAAAGCUACCCCGCAAAAUAAGGUUGAGGAGGAAAAUACCGGAGGUCAGGAAUCGGGUCAACCGACAUCGGGUCAAGCGACAUCGGAGCAAUUAGACGAGCAGAAGCACACGGAUAGCGAGCACUGAAAGAUGUUCAAUAGAUUUAACAACGACCACAAUAGCCGGCUGAUAAAACUUCUAGGACCAGUGAAAAGCACACACGGCUAUUGAUAAUUCAUAUAUUUUACCGCAAAUAAAGAUGUAUAUUUUGGUGUCCAUGUAA